GAUAUCGAUCAGCAUUGCCACCGCAGAUCUGCAUCUGGGAUCGAGAAGAAUUAGAGCGUAUUUUGACCAAAUAUUUAUCCAAAUCUUGAAGAAAUGAAUGACGCAACGUUCAAUAUAGAUGGCGGGUAUCUUGAAGGACUUGUAAGAGGAUUCAAGGGUGGAAUCCUCAGACAACCAGAUUACCUGAAUCUUGUGCAGUGUGAAAUCUUGGAAGAUUUGAAACUACAUCUACAGAGUACAGACUAUGGUAACUUCCUCCAGAAUGAGCCAUCACCACUCACAGUAUCAGUCAUUGAUGACAAGCUGAAGGAGAAAUUAGUGACCGAGUUCCAGCAUAUGAGAAAUCAUGCCGUUGAACCCAUGUCAAAGUUCAUGGACUUUGUCACUUAUAGCUACAUGAUUGACAACAUCAUCCUGCUGAUCACAGGAACACUGCAUCAUCGUUCCAUCUCUGAACUCAUUCCAAAAUGCCAUCCACUAGGCAGCUUUGAGCAGAUGGAAGCAGUCAAUGUUGCCCAAACACCAGCUGAUCUCUACAAUGCCAUCAUCGUUGAUACACCUCUUGCUCCCUUCUUCCAAGAUUGUAUCUCAGAGCAGGAUCUUGAUGAGAUGAACACAGAGAUCAUCCGUAAUACCCUCUACAAGGCCUACCUUGAGGCCUUCUACAAGCUCUGCAAGGACAUUGGAGGGGCCACAGCAGACUCCAUGUGUACCAUCUUAGGGUUUGAAGCUGACCGUAGAGCGUUCAUCAUCACCAUCAACUCAUUUGGGACAGAGCUAACCCGCGAGGAUCGAUCCAAGCUAUACCCCCGAUGUGGUCAGCUUCACCCAGAUGGGCUGGCGGCCCUGUCCAAGUGCGAUGACUAUGAUCAGGUCAGAGCGGUUGCAGAAAGUUAUCCAGAGUACAAGAUGCUAUUUGAAGGUGCAGGAACCAAUCCAGGUGACAAGACUUUAGAGGACAAGUUCUUUGAGCAUGAGGUCAGGCUAAACAUCAAUGCAUUCCUCCAGCAAUUCCACUUUGGCGUCUUCUACGCUUACGUCAAGCUCAAGGAGCAAGAGUGCAGGAACAUUGUAUGGAUCGCAGAGUGUGUAGCGCAACGACAGCGGGGCAAGAUUGACAACUACAUUCCCAUCAUGUAAAUAAUAUCAGAGAGUGAAUAUGUAAUUUAUACAGUAUGCAGGGUGUUCUGCAAAAACCUACCAAGUCAUAGUACCAAUUGGACAACUACCCUCUUCAUGUGCUAACAAGCUUCUCUUAAAUUUCAUCAAUUUCAUCAAUGAAUCAUACAGAUAUCUGCUGAAAGAAAAUCCUAUAAAGCCAGUAGCUAUUUCAUAAAGAGUUACAGCUACAGGUAUGGUAAUGUGCCAUUGUGGCAAGUACUAUGGUAACAAGGCCAAGCAGCAAAUCAAUAUAAAUGUUUUCAUGGUAGUUAACAUAAUGGCAAAGUUAUCAAAGUUGUAAAGUCUUUAUGAAAUGAAACUCAGAUUUAGAAGAGCCUAUAGAUGCCCUAUUAUGUCUGAAUGUUGGGUAGUAUCCUUUUCCUGGAUAAUUCAUUUUUAGGCAUGGAUGCCGAAAUAAGAGAACUAUGCUUACUGUUAUGCUUUUCAUAUUGUCUGUUGUUCUGAUCUAUGUUAUAUCAUAGUCAAGAAAACUGUAUCACCAAACAACUUUUAGAAUUUUGAUGAUACACCGAUCAUAUAACAGAAGAAAAUGAAUUAGUUUUGUGAAACACCCUGCAUAUGGGAAUAUCCCAUAUGAUUUAGAUUUCAUAAGUGACUCUCAUGUCAUGCAAACAUUUACCGGUAUCAGAAAAUGCCAUUUUCACUGUCACUCACACGCAAUAUGAUGAAGAGUUUUUGUUAUGUUCAUUGCAUAUCAAAGAUAUCCAUUGAGUAUAAAAAUAAGCAAUCAUGUUAGUUUUAUAGUG